AUGGCGACUCUCAAACCUCCGUCGGCCCAACACCGGUCCUCUUCAUCCUCACACGCCUCGACCAGUCCUCCCAAAGCUCCCCUCAAAGUUGAUCCUUCGGCCACGAUCGCAGACACCGCAGUCUUUCAGGGAACACACCCUGUCACAAUCGGCGCAGGCACCAUCGUGCACCCUCGUGCCAAAUUCUACUCCUUCGAAGGUCCCAUCUCCAUCGGCGACGGAUGCAUCAUCAGUGAAAAAGCAGUCAUCGGCGCUGCGCCGGGUUCUCUAUCAUCACCCUCCUCUUCUAAACCUUCGCCGCUCUCGUCAACAAGACCGUCCCCUUCUUCCUCGUCCCUGGACCUCACAUCCCCUUCUCCAAUCUCGCCAUCACAAUUACAACCCCCACAAGCAAAACCCCACGAUGCCAAUACCUCCUGGACCCGAAUCUCAUACUUUGUCACCAUCGGUCCGCACUCCAACGUCCUGCCUGGCGCAAACAUCCACUCCGCAGCGACCAUCGAGUCCCUCGUGACAAUCAACCGUCAUGCCGACAUUGGCGCCCAUUCCAAAAUCUGCUCCGGCUGCCAGGUCCCCAUGCAUGGAUCCAUCCCCGAAUGGACGGUCGUUUGGGGAACCGGUGUGGGACAGCGGCGGAAACGCGCGCGUACGGCGAGGGAUCCGGUGCCCGCAGUAGUCGUCGCGGCCCAAGUUGCGCAAACUCCCGUGCCGGCACCGGCGCCGGAAGGGAAGAUCAUUGAAGAUGCAAGAUUGAUGGUGCUUCAGAAGGAGAGAGAGGUAUUGGGGAGAUUGAUUGUGCCUGUUGGGGCUUCGAAGAGGAAGUGA